AGCCAGGCAGCUCCUCAGCCCUGCGUGGCCACUUCCAGCCCCGAGCGGUACCGGCCGGCACACGGGCAGUGACCUCCAAAGGCCCUGAUUUUUUUAUUACGAUGGAACAAACUUCACAGGAGGCUUUUGAGUGGGCAGGCGAUAUUAUUGAAUCUGUCCGGCAGCAGCCCCCUCCUCCGAGACUCAUGUCCACUGGGGAAAAAUCUCUUCAUGAAAAACUGUACGACAUUUAUGUUGAGGAAUGUGAAAAAGAGACAGAGGCAGGAGGCCUUCAAAGCAAUGUCAACUUGCUAGAGAAGCUUCUGAGAAGAGAGGCGUUGCCAUGUUUAGUGGUCAACCUGUAUCCAGGAAAUCGGGGCUAUUCUCUCAUGCUGAAGGACAAAAGUGGGUCGUUUUCAGAGACCUUUCAGUUGCCUUAUGAAGUAGAGAAACUGCUUGAAUACUUGGAUGCUGAAGAGUUACCUUCUUUUCUGAUUGAUGUCCUGGAAAAGUCUCCUGUGAAUGUUUUUCACCAUGGGUGUGUCAUAGCAGAAAUCCGAGACUACAGGCCAUGUAGUGGCAUCCACCCUCCUGGGGAGCUUGGUGCAGAGCCUGCUGUGUCAUCUGAUGUGUCCUUUCCUGCGUCAGCUCCUGCUUACCAAACUCGGCAUAUUCUCUUACGUCCCACGAUGCAGAGUCUAGUAAGCGAUGUAGAGUCCAUUACAAGUGAUAACCGUCAGUGGACUGAGGAAGAAAAACUUGAGCUUGAGAGCCAACUGAUUUUAGCUACAGAUGAGCCACUGUGUCUGGAUCCCUCUGUUGAUGUUGCCUGCACAGCCAACAGACUGCUGUUUAGUGAGCAGAAGAUGAACACUGACCCCGUGAAACAAUGCUUCAAGAGGCCUGCAUCCCCCUCUCUGGAUCAACAGGAGGUGUCAUCUGGGUGUGCAUGUCCCACUGACCUUAGAACAAUGACUCCUUUCAGAAAACAGGCAAAAAUAGAGCCAGAUGAUCCAUAUGACCUGACAAUUACUGAAACAGAUUCAUGGAUGCAGGAACCCUGUGAACUGACCAUGCCUUCAGAGAUGGAUAUGCAGACAUAUAUUAACGAGGUUCCAUCUCUGCUCUUAGAUGAUGAAGAACCAAGUGUCCUUGAAGUUCCUGAGGACCCAUGCCUCAAAGGUUGAGGCAGAGCAGGUAGUCUUGUGUCUAAGAAUCAAAGGAGACAACCUGGGCCCACCAGGCUGUGUUUUAGCAAGAUCACUGCAAUUCCGGUGAAUGUUUGUGAAGCAGGGCUUGAAGGCGCCGCCUGGCUAACUUUCCGUCUGCUCUUAUCCCGUACUGCCACCUAUUGGGCAACCUCGUUCACAUGCUACCAGAUAGAUGAAACCUAUUCAAAACAAAGGGAAGCUAA